AUGAAUCGCUCCUCCUCUCUCGAGUUUCCUGACAAGAAUGAGUUUGCCAAGUGGGUGGUAGUGAAGGCCACCUCGAAUGUAGUGACCUGUCAUGGCGACGUCAAGUUGUACCGAGAGGAGCUACUGAAGUUUGCGGGGCGGUGGCCAACGGACCAUCUGAAGAAACUCGACGAAAGUCGUGAAGACAGCACAAAGACGAUGUAUGAACACCGCAAAGACGAGUUAAGUGAAAAGAUUUCUACGUUACGAACUCAAUUCGCAUCGAUCACGGGCGCGCUGUUUUCUGUCAACGCUCAAGCCAAGCCUGGCAAGCGCUACGCGGCUGUGCAGACGCUCCGAGGAUUCGUUGAGGAGCUUGAGCAAGAUGACGAAUUGUGGACCAGAAUGGACGCACCGACCAAGUUUACCUUGUCCCUUCCGCUGCGUAACAAGCACGAAAUGCAACAACUUCUUCGUCUGUUGGGGCAAGACGUUAAGACGGUUUGGUGCGAUACCAUUGAGCGGGUGUUCGCGAUGAUGCUUGAGGCUCCUGAAGAAUCAAAGAGUAAUGACAGAUCGCACGCACUCGACCGUGACCAAGUGAUCGCGAAGGAAUUCCGGGAGCUACUGAAGCAGUGGAGUUGUCGUAAGGCGGCACGUCAAGUGACGAUUACUCCAGAAAGUAGGAAUGGAAGAGUGUACUGUCACGUGGAGGAAACUUCAAUGAAUGUGAAGGUGUUUAAGUCGACACGGGACAGACCGGCACUUGAACGGCCUCGCGUCCAGUGUGGGCCCGUGGUUUGUCGCAAUUGUGGAGCACUUGGACAGCACUGGACGCUCAGCUGUCCGAUGAAGGAAGAUCGAGAUGCUACUGAUGCCGAGAAUUCGGGUAAUGUUACGUGUGGAGGUUGGGAUGUUAGCCUUCUCUUUCGCUAAACAAGUAAAUGUUGCGGCGAUGGAAACGACGGGUGAACAUCUGCGUCACUUUUGCUACCUUCGUGCGUUUUUGGUCUAUGCCUAGUUGAGUUUUGCAUUAAGCUUCCGAAAAAUGAAUUUGAACGUG